AAUGUCAAAUUUGAAUGAAAAUAAAGAAAUGGAUACGGGAAAAAAGAUAUUUUCCGAUGAGGAUUGGGAUAAAAUUGCUAAAUAUAUGGUUGGAAAUACAUAUAAAUAUAGAGAAAAUAUAAUUAUACCCAAAAACAUAGGACCUAUACAAAUUAAAAGUAAAGAAGAAAAAAUGGUAGAAGCUGCCUUUGAAAGCUGUGCAUUCAAAUCAUUAAUGAGCUGUGUUAUGGGUUACGGUUUGGGAGCUGCUAUAGGAUUAUUCUCAUCUUCUGUAAACCCGAGUAUGGGUGCCCCUGGAGUUGAUUUAGAUAAACAACCUACAGCCAGAGAGGUCUUCAGAGAAAUGAAAGGAACCACAUUGUCAUACGCAAAAAAUUUUGCUAUAUUAGGAGCUGUUUUUGCAGCUGUUGAAUGUACCGUUGAAUCAGCACGAGGAAAAUCAGAUUGGAAAAAUGGCACAUAUGCUGGAGGUAUCACAGGAGGAAUCAUAGGUCUCCGAGCUGGUGUAAAAGCUGGAAUACUAGGCGCUGCAGGUUUUGCAGCAUUUUCAACUGCCAUUGAUUAUUAUAUGCACAGUAGAUAAUAAAAUAAAUUUGAAGAAAUGUACCAAAAC